AACGGCCAGGAACGGUCAGUCCCCCGCCGCGGAGCUGAGGGAGGCCAGCGCUGCCUUCUCUGCCGCCGGGACCUGCCCAGCGACAGCGCAACACAGCCCACGUACCCCACUGAUGGAGGCAGUGUGGCAGUGAGAAGAAUGGGCUCCGUGUCAGAGGAGCUCACCCUGGUCCCCCUGCACCGGAGGCCAGAGCUGCUGGAGGCCUGUGCUGAGCUGCUGCACGAGGAGUGGGGAAGGAGCCGGGCAUCGCGGCUCCACACGCUCCAGCGCUCCUCAGACUCCUUCCCCACCUGCCUGCUGCUGCUGCGGAGCCAGGGCAGCGCCGAGGGCCCCUGCCAGCUCGUGGGCCACGUCCGGCUCUCCCGCGUGGCCACCCGGCCCCACAGCCUCUUUGUGGAGAGCGUGGUGGUGGCCAGGGCGCUGCGGGGCCAGGGCUACGGGCGGAAACUGAUGGAGGCCACGGAGCAGUGGGCCCGGGCCCGGGGCUUCGGCUGCCUGCACCUCACCACCCACGACAAGCAGCACUUCUACGCACAUCUGGGCUUUGUCCUGGGUGAGCCGGUGCAGAGCGUGGCCUUCCUCAGCCCCAACAUACCCGCUGAGCUGCUGCGGCUCUUCUCCACCCAUCCUGGUGCCGACACCAGCACCAGGCCGAGCCUGCCUCCUGCCCUUCCACCUCCCGUCUCGUCCCCCGCUGCUCCCACACCACCCGCCCCGCCGCCGAAUGUGAUCUGGGCAAGGGGGGUCCUGGCUGAGGGCAAUGGGAGCAGCCUGCUGGAGACCCCCCACCGCGAUGCCAAAGGGCUGCCCAUCUUCUGGAUGAAGAAGGACAUUUGAGGGGCCCGGGCUCUGAG